GCAAGAGCGCGCGCGUCAGCAUGUGUGGGAACUAAGGUGUGUGAUAUUUAGUCUGCGAUAAACAUGUGUGUAAAUAUUGUGAAUUAACGUUACAAUAAAAGUUUCGUAAUUAUGUGCAAACAGUUGUAAAUCUGUACGUGCUUUAAAUAAUAGCUUUCAAUUCCUACUGUAUUUUGGAGGGAAACUGACUACAAAGUAUUGUUUAUAAAAUAUAAACGGAAUAUUGACGGAUAAAUAUCGUAUGAUAUUAGAAUUAUAUUUUCUUACGUAUUAUUUUUGUAAUACAACUAAGUGAAUUAAAAAUAAAUAAAAAAUGGAGGUAUCAACAGCAAAAGCAUUAUCAAUGGUUGCUUUAGGAGUUGGUAGUUUUGUUACCGGUAUGAUACCGGCUUGCUUCACAGAAGGAGCGAGACAGAGACAUCCUCUAUUCAUUUCUACACUCUUAUGCUUCGGAGCCGGUGUUCUUCUGUCAACUUCUUUAGUGCAUAUGCUUCCCGAAGCGCGAGAAAAGUUACCGAAGUAUUCUGAACUGAUGUUAUGCAUUGGGUUCUUUAUCGUUUACUUUGUCGAUGAGGUGGUGCAUUUGUUCUAUGGUGGGAUGGGACAUAAUCACCAAGGAUCGAGGUAUGGAAGUGGGGAAGCUACACGUCUGCUUGCUCAUGGUAAUGAUGGUGAGAUGGACAGGUGCUGCGGAGACAAUGGUAACCAGAGGAUCUGUCAUGUUAACCACACGCCUCCUUGCAAUAGAAGUUCGUCUGGAGUGAUCGGUUUGCUAUGUGCUUUGUUUGUGCAUAGUCUGCUUGAAGGAUUGGCGAUUGGAUUGCAAGAGACUACCUCGCAGGUGCUGCUGUUGCUAGGUGCGGUAGCAAGUCAUAAAUACGUGGUUGGCUUCUGCCUUGGUGUUGAAUUGUGCGCUAGCUUCGCCCGCCGACUCUGUCUGCAUUUGACGUGCGUGUUAAUCUUCAGUGGUGGCUCGGUUGUCGGUAUCGGUUUAGGCGCCGGUAUGGAUGCGUUCAGUUCAAUGAAAAAUUCCGCAGCUGUGCCUAUCAUGCAGGCGCUAGCGGCGGGUACUCUGCUGUAUGUGACGGUAAGUGAGGUGUUGCCUCGGGAGCGCGCGGCGUGGCACGAGCGGCGGCGAGCUGCGGGCGUGGCACAGCUUGCAGCAGUCGCUGUCGGCUUUGCUCUUAUGUACACAACCACUUUGUACCUCGAUGACGAUGUUUAACAGUAUGAGCAAGACAAGCUUAGUAAUUAAGUACUAGUUAAGUUUAAGUAACGGAAUGACAAUAAAACAUUUGUGUAUUUCAGAGUUUUAUUUUAAUUGUGAUUUCAAUGUCAACAAUAUAAGUUAUAGCAUUUGAUAUUAUUGGAUUUUGACACCACAGUUUGGUUUGACCUUUUUGUAAAUACAUAUAAAAAUAGUUUACAAAGUAUUUACAAUAUCAAAUGUAUUUUUAAGGCAUUAUUUGACUGUUUUUACGAUGACAUAUGUUUUUAGAUUUAAGAUAUUAAAAAAAUAAUAAAAACCAAA